AUGUCGUCUAUGCCCGACCAAGCAGGCUUGAAAUGGGUGGAGGGUACAUGGGGCGAACAACAACCGCGAUGGACCAAGGAGCCAUCGCUGGAUAUCGUCCUCCAAAUUGCUUGCCAUCACCUUGGCUUGGCUACUAGCCCAGAGACCACUAUUGCUUUCCUCAGCCAGGGUGGAUUCAACAAACUCUUCAAAAUUACCUGCUCAAUUGGCAAUUUCGUCAUGAGGGUCUCCUUGCCUGUGGAUCCCUUUUACAAAACCGCUAGCGAAGUGACCACCCUUGACCUCAUACAGCACCACACUACUAUCCCUGUGCCAACUGUGAUCGCACAUGAUGCUUCCAAUGAGAACGAGCUCGGCUUUGAGUGGAUACUUAUGGAAUACGUGUCUGGAAUUACGCUCGAUGAGGCUUGGACCACGAUGACAUGGCUUGAGAAGUGCAAGCUGGUGGAGAGAAUUGUCGAUAUAUCAUCGCAGCUGUUCCGGCUACGAAGUGAAACCAUUGGCAACAUAUACAGAGCAGAUGAUCCAGUCCCCAACAUUUCGGAUCGGUCGAUUCCAGAUGAUCAUGGAAUAAGUUCGAAAUACAUGAUGGGUCGAAUCGUUUCCAUGCCCUUCUUUUGGGCAACCCGCUUGUCACUGGAUAUCCACCGAGGCCCGUUUAAGUCUAGCACGAAUUGGUUGAUGACAAGACUGGCGCUUCUGAAACAUGACACUGAGCAGCCACUGCCUUCCGACGCCGACUCCGAUGACGGAGAAGAGAUAGACUUGAAUAGGGAAAUGAUCACACUGCUUCUUCAAUUUAUGCCGCACUUCUUCCCGGCUGACGUGGAAGAAAGUGAGGGCUUUGGCCUCCGUCACGAUGACAUAUCACGCCGGAAUAUUAUGGUCGAACCUUAUACAGGAGAGCUCACCGCACUCGUUGACUGGGAAUGCGUUUCGAUGGUACCACUGUGGAAAGUCUGCCAGCUCCCGUGGGUUCUAAUAUCACGCGAACGUACAACCGAACCUCAAAAGCAUCGUUACACACACGAAGGCAACGAAACCGAUGAGCUGUACUUUAUUCAUCUCGAGGAGUACGAAAAGACAUGUCUCCGACAGCUAUUCUUCGAGCAUAUGGCAAAGCUCGAGCCGGCCUGGAUGGAAGUACAUCGCCUGUCGGAAGCAAAAGCAGACUUUGACUAUGCGGUUGAGAAUUGCGAUUGUGAGAUACAUCGCAAGCAGAUCAGGACAUGGUUGGAGAAUGUGGCUGCUGGUAAAGAGCAGGAUAGUCUUCGAGCUUUGAUGUUGAAAUGA